AUGAAUGACCCUCCUAAUUGUGUAAACAUAUAUUUUCCUGAUAAUAUAAAAAUAGUUGAUAAUAUUUCAAAAUGCUUUUUAUAUGGAUUUUCAAACGAUAGCACAUAUGCCAUCAUUCAUGUUGGCUCUAAAUAUGUUGAUCAAAUAGAAGUUCAGACAAAUCAUGAACAAACAAAACAUUGGGAUUCCUUUCGAAUAUUAGGAGAAUUAGUAUUUGUAAAAAAUGAAGAAGAUAUAAAAAAAUAUACAAACUCAAAAGAUAAGAAAGAUAAAAUCAAUUAUAUAUAUGCCAUUUAUUAUAAAAAUAAACCAAUAGUUAUAAAAAUUAAUACACAAAAUGGAAAAAAAAUGAGUGUCUUAUUUAUUUUAUAUAAUACAGACAAGUAUAUUUACAAUUUUGAUCCUGAUCAUGUAAAUAAUUUAAUUUCAGAUGCAUAUAAAAGAGAAAUCGUAUACAUAUAUUAUAACAAAAAUGGCUAUAUAAAUAAUACUGAAAAAGAUUGUAGGAUAUUAAAUAAUAGAAAAACCGAACUUAUAAACAAUUCAAAUUUAGAUAAUAUAAAAAUAAAUGAUACAAGUAAUGAGGAUGGACAAUUAGAUCAGCAUGCUCAUACUACAACAGACAAUGAGAAUAUAUCAUGUCAUGAAAAUAAAAUAAAAAAUAUAAAAAAAGAAAAAGAUGAGUCUACUAAUAUUCCUAAUACAGCCAACUUAGAAAAAAAAAAAAAAAUAUAUUACAACUUAUCAAAAAAUAAUAUAUGCGAAAAUUUACGUAUAAGGGAUGUAAUAAAUUUAAUUAACACCAGAUAUGUUUAUAUUGAAGAGGUGGAAAAUUUUGAAAAAGAUUUUCAAACAAACACAAAUGACAUAUGUAGCAAAGACAAUGAAAGUAGUGAGCAUAAUGAAAAAGAUGUACCAGAUGAGCCGAAUAUUACUAUAACUUAUGUAUGGCUCUUUUUCAUGUGCAUCAUUUCAGUCAUAAAUAAGACAAUAUACUGUAUAUUUUGUAUACCAAAUAUUUUUAAUAAAAAGUUAUUUUUAAAAAAUAAAUUAAGUAUUUUUAAAUUAAUAAAAGAAAAAUGUUUAUUAAAUUCUGAGUGGUAUAAAAUAUUUUUACAAAUAAUUGAAAAAAAAAAAAAAAAAAAUGAUUAUGAUUAUUAUAAAUAUAAACAAAUAUUAUUAAUUCGAGCAUUUAGUUUAUUAUUAGACAUAUUGGGUGGGGUCAUUUUAUUUUAUAUGAUCUCAAUUCAAAUAAUUAAUUUAGGAUUUAUUUAUGACAAAAUAAAAAUUGUCUUUGAAACGAGUACCUUAACAUCAAUAUUAGGUACCUUGUUGCAAAAACCGUUGGGAAUAAAAUUAAACAACAAUUUUACUUCCUUUAUUGGAAGUGUGGUUGUGUCUAUUUUAGACAAAUGGGAAUUUUUUAAAAGUUUAAUUAUGUUUAAAAGGAGUUCAAUAAUCCAUUUUUUCAACAUAUCCAGUUUAUUAGGGUUGUCUAUUUUUCUUUCCCUUGCGAUUGAUUACUUUAGGUUUAUUACUGUUCACGUAACAAUAAUAUAUUUUUUUUUCAAAAGAGUCUUUUCCAUAUUCCAUAGUAACAUGUACUCUCUGUAUUUACUAUUCAAUGGGAAAAAAUGGAAUGUUCUAAAGUCGAGGGUAGACACAAAUUAUUACACUAACGAAGAAGUUAUACUUGGGUUUAUAUAUUUUUUGGUAGUUUUAAAGGAACUUAUUUUAUACUCUCCGAUUUAUAUUCUCUUGUUAACAAGCGAAAAUAAAUAUAUUAGCAAGGGGAUAAAAAUGAGGCAAUGUCACGAUAUAGAAUCUAAUGAAUUAGUUGAUGUCCCUCAAUCAUAUUACCUGCUUUUGGAAAAUGACAAAUUUUUAUUUUCUGACAAGAUAAAGUUAUUUCUUGCAAUUUUUUUUAAUUACCAAAAUUUUAAAUAA